CCGGGGUGUCAGUGUGGAGGAGACUGAGGUAAAGUUGGGAGCGCAGCGGCGUUGGCGGCGGCGGCGGCGGCAGCGGCGGCAACGCGGCGGGGCCGGUAUUCUUCCUUGUAAAUACUGUUAUUUGUAUAUACUGUAAAUGAUGACGUCGGUGGGCACUAACCGAGCCCGGGGAAACUGGGAACAACCUCAAAACCAAAACCAGACACAGCACAAGCAGCGGCCACAGGCUACUGCAGAGCAAAUUCGACUUGCACAGAUGAUUUCGGACCAUAAUGAUGCUGACUUUGAGGAGAAGGUGAAACAAUUGAUUGAUAUCACAGGCAAAAACCAGGAUGAAUGUGUGAUUGCUUUACAUGACUGCAAUGGAGAUGUCAACAGAGCCAUCAAUGUUCUCCUGGAAGGAAAUCCAGACACGCAUUCCUGGGAGAUGGUCGGAAAGAAGAAAGGAGUCUCAGGACAGAAGGAUGGUGGACAAACUGAAUCUAAUGAAGAAGGAAAAGAAAAUCGAGACCGGGACAGAGACUAUAGUCGGCGACGUGGUGGGCCACCAAGACGGGGGAGAGGUGCCAGCCGUGGACGAGAGUGUAUGCAUGGGGCUUUAUCAAAACCAGCUGUGGUUCGGGGCCAGGAAAAUGGACUGGAUAGCACCAAGAGUGGAGGGCCUUCUGGAAGAGGCACAGACAGAGGCAGAAGAGGCCGUGGCCGAGGAAGAGGUAGCUCUGGUAGGCGAGGGGGAAGGUUUUCUGCUCAAGGAAUGGGAACCUUUAACCCAGCUGAUUAUGCAGAGCCAGCCAAUACUGAUGAUAACUAUGGCAAUAGUAGUGGCAAUACAUGGAACAACACUGGCCACUUUGAACCAGAUGAUGGAACGAGACUUGAUUUCAUUGGGGUUGAGGGGUCAAAUUAUCCCCGAAAAUUUGAGACUGCUCCUGGUGCAUGGAGAACUGCAACAGAAGAGUGGGGAACUGAAGAUUGGAAUGAAGAUCUUUCUGAGACCAAGAUCUUUACUGCCUCUAAUGUGUCUUCGGUGCCUCUGCCUGCGGAGAAUGUGACAAUCACUGCUGGUCAGAGAAUUGACCUUGCUGUUCUGUUGGGGAAGACACCAUCUUCAAUGGAGAAUGAUUCAUCUAAUCUGGAUCCAUCUCAGGCUCCUUCCCUGGCCCAGCCUCUGGUGUUCAGUAAUUCGAAGCAGAAUGCCAUAUCACAGCCUGCUUCAGGGAAUACAUUUUCUCAUCAUAGUAUGGUGAGCAUGUUGGGCAAAGGAUUUGGUGAUGUCGGGGAAGCCAAAGGUGGCAGCACAACAGGCUCCCAGUUCUUAGAGCAGUUCAAAACCGCACAGGCCCUGGCCCAGCUGGCAGCUCAACACUCCCAGUCUGGGAGCACCACCACCUCCUCUUGGGAUAUGGGCUCAACAACACAGUCGCCGUCACUGGUGCAGUACGGUAAGAUGAUGAAUUUGAAGAGUGCAAAUGAUUCCGCAGUGCACAGUCCUUUUACAAAGCGCCAGGCGUUCACCCCGUCCUCAGCCAUGAUGGAGGUAUUCCUUCAGGAAAAGCCACCUGCAGUGGCUACCUCGACAGCUGCACCUCCCCCACCCUCUUCUCCUCUGCCAAGCAAAUCCACCUCGGCUCCACAGAUGUCUCCGGGGUCUUCAGACAACCAAUCCUCCAGCCCUCAGCCGGCUCAGCAGAAACUGAAACAGCAAAAGAAAAAAACCUCCUUGACAUCUAAGAUUCCUGCUCUGGCUGUGGAGAUGCCUGGCUCAGCAGAUAUCUCAGGGCUAAAUCUGCAGUUUGGGGCAUUGCAGUUUGGGUCAGAGCCUGUCCUUUCUGAUUAUGAGUCCACCCCCACCACGAGCGCCUCAUCAAGCCAGGCUCCUAGUAGCCUGUAUACCAGCACGGCCAGUGAGUCUUCAUCUACAGUUUCAUCUAACCAGAGUCAGGAGUCUGGCUAUCAGAGUGGCCCAAUUCAGUCAACAACUUAUACCUCCCAAAAUAAUGCUCAGGGCCCUCUAUAUGAACAGAGAUCCACACAGACGCGGCGGUAUCCCAGCUCCAUCUCUUCAUCACCCCAAAAGGACCUGACUCAGGCUAAGAAUGGUUUCAGUUCUGUGCAGGCCACGCAGUUGCAGACCACGCAAUCUGUUGAAGGUGCUACAGGCUCUGCUGUGAAAUCUGACUCACCUUCCACUUCUAGUAUACCCUCUCUCAAUGAAACAGUACCUGCAGCUUCCUUACUGACGACAGCCAAUCAGCAUUCAUCCUCCUUAAGUGGCUUGAGCCACAGUGAGGAAAUUCCAAAUACCACCACCACACAACACAGCAGUGCGUUAUCUACACAGCAGAAUACCCUUUCUUCAUCAUCAACAUCUUCUGGGCGUACUUCGACAUCGACUCUUUUACACACAAGUGUGGAGAGUGAAGCGAAUCUCCAUUCUUCCUCCAGCACUUUCUCUACCACAGCCAGCACUGUCUCUGCACCUGCCCCAGUGGUCAGUGUCUCCUCCAGUCUGAACAGUGGCAGUAGUCUAGGACUUAGCCUGGGCAGCAACUCUACUGCCACAGCCUCAACUCGAAGCUCAGUUGCUACAACUUCAGGAAAAGCUCCGCCCAACCUUCCUCCUGGAGUCCCGCCAUUGUUGCCUAAUCCGUAUAUUAUGGCUCCAGGGCUGUUACAUGCCUACCCGCCACAAGUAUAUGGUUAUGAUGAUUUACAGAUGCUCCAAACAAGAUUUCCAUUGGAUUACUACAGUAUCCCGUUUCCCACACCCACCACUCCACUUACGGGGAGGGAUGGUAGCCUGGCCAGCAACCCUUAUUCUGGUGACCUCACCAAGUUUGGUCGUGGGGAUGCCUCCUCCCCAGCCCCAGCCACAACCUUGGCCCAACCCCAACAGAACCAGACGCAGACUCACCACACCACGCAGCAGACAUUCCUGAACCCGGCGCUGCCUCCUGGCUACAGUUACACCAGCCUGCCAUACUACACAGGGGUCCCGGGCCUCCCCAGCACCUUCCAGUAUGGGCCUGCUGUGUUCCCUGUGGCUCCUACCUCUUCCAAGCAGCAUGGUGUGAAUGUCAGUGUGAAUGCCUCGGCCACCCCUUUCCAACAGCCAAGUGGAUAUGGGUCUCAUGGAUACAACACUGGAAGAAAAUAUCCACCCCCUUACAAGCAUUUCUGGACGGCUGAGAGCUAAUUUGGCCCAAGCCUGGGGGCUGUGUUUUGUGUGUGUGUAUAAAUUUGCACUGAAGUCUUGUUUCAGAAACCAGACCACUGAGGAGAGCCUGCUGAACUGAGGCCAUGGCCUACGUGGCUUGGGGAAAUGAGUUGGUGGAUACCUUCUGGGCUUUUGAACUUGCCCCUCCCCAUUUCCCUCUCCCCCAUGUGUCUGACCCUGUCUUACCCAUUUCGAGUUCGAGCGGUGCAGCACCUCCGAAGCAUCAAUGCACACACCUGCUGUUGCUUUUGAUUUCUGGAAGGCAUGUAGUUCCAACUUGUAACAAAAAUAUUUGUAGUCUUCAAUAAACUGUGGUAUUUCUUUAGCUAACUCUGCGUUCUUUCCGUGCAUGUCUUUCUGGACACCAGGAGCCAAUGCUGUAUUGUGGAUAAAGGGUGGAGGGUGGCCUUUUCAGUCAAUUCCCAGUAUAGCCAAAGAGCUGUUAGUGUUUCAGUAUAGUCAUUUUUAAGUUGGGGGAGGGAAACAGCCUGUUUCCAGCCUAUUGAUUGGUUGGUAAAGCUAUUAUAAAUAAAAACAACAAAACUGAUUUCCCAUGCUUUUAUGUCUUUACUUUUUCAUGUAGAUUAUCCCCUUGCCUCUGACAUGGGCUGAGGGGAAAGGACAAGAAGUUAGUGUCAAGUCAUAGUGAAAGGCAAAAAGAGAUGGUGUUCAAAGCUGUUGUUAGGGAAGUAUUGUCCAAGGCUUAAUUUCUACAUCUGUUUCUCAAAGGCUAACUGGCUGAUUGAUAUCUGAUCAGGUCAUUAAUGAUCACUCAGUUGAUGACUUGGGCUUUGUGGAAACUGUGCUAACCUGGAGCACUGUUCAUGGUCCUUUGGCUUUUCAGAGAUUGUGAAUUAUUAGUCAUUUUUUACUUGUGGAUGUAGCCAAAGAUAUGUGAGAGAUGUUUGGUCAGACAUCUGGAAAACUUGCACUCACUAACAAGUACACCCAUCAGCCAUUGGUUUAUAGCAUAAAUUUGAACAAUGAGACCACUACCUUUGGUUAAUUGGAAACCAGAUCUUCAGCUUUCCUUGUGUAGUUCCUAUCCCCUCCGGUCCUAUGGAAUGUAACCUAUUUUUCAAGUUAAGUAAGAGAAGUGGGUUCUUGUUUCUUCUGCCUACCACCUACAUUGUCUUGUAAUGAUUUUUUAUCACAGUUGGGAAGUUGGGGUAGGCAGGACAUGUGGGGUGGGAAGAAGAACAAAACUUUUAGUCUGAGAAUCUCUGGAAUAACUAGUGAAAAUAGGGAAAUCAAUGCCUGCUAUUUUUUUUUUAGGUUUUCUAAUACAUAGAGGUUUAUUAUAGCUACUAUACAGGAUUCUCUCUUUUUUCCCUUGCAUUUAUAGUUCUUUAUAUGUUCUGUACAAUUUAAAAUCUGGACUAAACUGUUUUUAUGUAAAACUCUAACAAGGUAGGAGCUUGCUAGAACUGUUUCUCUGUGCCACCCAGCUUGGAUCCAGUCAGUAAUUUCUCCUACCCUGUGUAAGCACCCUAGCUUCUCUUUGCAGAGGGUAACCAAGUCAGCUACAUGCACUGAUCUGUUAGAGAUAACUCAUUAUCUCUUGGUUUUGUCUUGAAAAUAUUCUGUAUCCUGGCUCAUCUCCCCCCUCAAACCUCACUAGCUUUAGUCCUUCUCAUAACUGAACGUAAAGUUAUGCCUGCUACCCACUGUUCUGUCAGAUGGGCAUCUGGAGUCUGAGGAGAAGAACAAUCUGCUACCUCUGGAAGAGUUUGAUAUCUUGUUCCCUUUGUUUACUCUGUGCCCUCCAGGUAUGCAGUUGCAGUUAAGGCUCUGGAGAUGGGGAAGUACUUUUUUUCUUGCUUUAUUUCUGGGUUCUGCUUUUUCUUCCUCUAGAAUUGUAUUUGUUCCUUUUGAAGGGCACUAUCUGGACUUAGGAUGUGGUAGAGUUUAACAGUUAAAUGUUUUUCCCUUGGUACUAGAGAUCAAACCCUGGUCUUGGUGGUUGCUAGAAAAGCACUUAACCACUAACUCUUUAACACUUAAAACCAAUUCUAUUGGAGGAUUCUAAAGCGAUUUUAAAUUUAACUCCUAAAGGCUGCCUUUGUUUUUAGGCAUUGGCUAGGAGAAUUUGAGUUCUGGAAUUUGUGUGGAGACUGCUGUUGAAUUGUGAGUGAAUGGAAGAUUCCUUGUGAUUUUAUCAUUAAUACAUAGCUUCUUUAAAAAAAAAAAAAAAGGCAAAA